AUGGGCGCGGGGUCGCUGGACCCCCGCAAGGAUGUCGACGGCUUCCACCCACUCAACAUGGGGCGAAUGUUGAUGCGCGGUCGCGCGCGCGCAUUUGUGCCGGCAACCCCACUGGGCGUGAUGGAGCUCCUGCAGCGGAGUGGGCUGGAGGUUGCGGGGCGCAGCGCGGUGGUGCUGGGCGACUCAAACGUGGUGGGAACGCCACUCAGCUGCCUGCUGCGCGACCGCGGGGCCGCGGCCGUGACGGUGUGCCACCGCGUCAGCCUGACAGAGUGGUUUGAGGACCAAGAGCAGCUCCCGGGCGCGCUGCGGCCGCGGCAGCAGGAAGGGGACGGAGGCGGCAGCGGUAGUGGCGGCGGCGGCGGCCCUCAGCAGCCACAAGCCAAUGAGCUGCAGCGCGCCGCGGCUGUACUGGGCAGCUCCCAAUUCGAAUCCCACCACCUCCCCGACAUCACUCGGACCGCGGACUUCCUCAUUGUCGCGGUCGGCCACCCCGGACUAGUCCGCGCGGACUGGGUCAAGCCGGGGGCGGUGGUGGUGGACGUGGGGAUCAAUGUGGUGCCGGGGCCGCCGGCUGUGGAGGCGGCCGACCAGGGCGUUGGCGACCAGCAGCAGCAGCAGCAGCAGCAGCAGCAGCAGCAGCUGGACGUGCCUUACGGCAGCUCGCCCCGCUACCAGACCAGCAGCAGCUACAGCCCGGCUGCCCCAAGCCCAUCCGCCUGCCCCGGCGUCGCCGACGGCGAUGCCCCGGCCGGCGCCUCCGGCGCCGCGGCGCAAGGGCAGCAGGGCGGGUACCACGUGGUUGGUGACGUGGCGUUUGAGGAGGUGUCCCGCGUGGCAAGCGUGGUGACGCCAGUGCCCGGUGGUGUCGGGCCGAUGACGAUCUCUGCGCUGCUGUCCAACACGCUGCGGGCUGCGCGCUACAGCUCGGGGCUGCUGCCCUGGUGGACGGGGUGA